UUCCUAAAGAAACUGCACUGUCCAACCCAACUUUAGUUCGGUAACCAUGAAUUUUCAUCUCCAAAUUCAAAUCUUCUAAAGCAGCACAUACCUUGAGGACAAUCAAAAACACAAACGCGUCAAGUUCGACACCAUCUCUGACCAUUUUCCCAAAGAGUGAUAGAACAUCCUGCAGUUCGUUACUUCGUUGAAGAGUACCCUACCAUCAAUCCAGUCCAAGCCACCUUGUUUUUCUUUUCAGUCAUCAUAUCAAAGACGAGCUCAGCUGCCUAACCAACCACAUUUGACAUACAUGUUCAUGACUGCAGUCUCAAUCGAGGCAUUUGAGCUCAGUCCAUGUUUAAACACCUGAGAAUGCAUUUGAUUGCCAAGGUCUAACAUAGAAGGAUCAUCAAAGAAACUUAAGAGGCUUGUAAAAAUGGAUUGGUUGGAUACAAAUCCUUAUGCCUGAAUUGACGAGAAAGCCCAAUCUGCGUAUAUGCAGAUAUCAUUAUAAACCAUGACACCAAGUCUCUUUCGAGCAUUUCAUCGAACAGUCUUCGGGCAUUUGACAAGCUACCACAAUAACAAUCAUUUUUUAAAAGCACAACUCUGAAGGAAACCAGGUGGGUUGCGCACCGUCCUUUGCAGUAGAUGGUGAACGAAUUUACCAUCUGGUAAAACCCUCAGAUUCCCAUACACUUGGAGAAGGCAUUUGAACGUUUUGGCAGCAACAGAAACUCCCGCCCUAUCCAGGUCUUCGAGAAAUUCUCGAACUUCUUUGAGCUUCCGAAGAAAUUAAAUGCACACUUUCAAAUUGGCUAUCUUGAAUAUUUUCUCUGGAGAAAGGAUGCGUUUCAAAGAUAUCCAUGAAGGAAUUUGAGUAAAUUUUGCUGAUUUCAAGGCCGGAAUCCUAUUAUCACGAGCUGCCGCCGACGAAAGCUUGGUGGGUAGGAAACAUUGCGAAGGAAGUAUAGAAUACAAUCAAUAAUGGCCUCGAACUUGUUCCGAAAUCUCACCAACUAAGAACCAAAUUUGUCCACAUAUUGGUGGAGAAAACCACAAGGCAGUGUGAUCAAAUUUGUCUUUCCCUGUUAUCAAGGUUACUCAUGCACAGGCCACCUGCACCUUUCUGAACUACAAAUUUGUUUCGGGGUUUUUGUGCUUACGAAAAUCGGGAGAAAGUGAAAGACCGGAAAUUUCAUCUUAUUCUCCUUCUUUUAUGGAUUUUGGGCCUUGAAUUGUAAGGAGUGGACCGGCCCUAAAUGAUAGCAUGGACCUUGCCAUAAUGCCUGGGUUGCUUUGCCAAAGUUUCAGAAGUUCGUUCUUUUCAGCCUCGGCCAUGGCUUAUUCCUGGGUUGAUUUUCGGGGUCUUUUUCGCUUCAGUUUCUGUGCAUUUGGCUGUUGUUCUGUUUGAGCAGGAAUAGGAUGGAAAGGUUCUUCUCGGUGCGGCAAAUCCAAACUCAAUGCGACUCUUCCCACUCAAUCAUGCUUGUUUCAGGGCCUCCUUCCUGCGGAAAGACUUCCUUGCUUUUUCAGUUUGCUUUUAAUUUGGGUUUGGAGGGAAAUGUUACCUUCAUCUGCAACCGCCGCAAAUUAGAGAAUAAACCUCCAUAUCUCUCGCAGGGAGUUGAUCCAGCAUCCGAAACCUUUCAGCGCAUACAAAUGAAGUAUUUGGAGGACGACGAGGGAAUUAACAAGUACUUCUCUGCAUUUCACCUGCAUCGUACACUUCCCGUGGCAGUUGUUAUUGACGAUUUUGGAGAUUUUUUCGAGGAAAGGCGAUGUCAGGAAAAAUAUGCCAAUCCUCGCGGAAGAGACCUAGCAAUGGUUAGAACACUAGCACUUUGUCAUAAUGCCAUGAGCCUAGCUAAGCCUUGCCAGCUUGUGUUGUCUGAUACACACCACGGAGAGUCCCCAAGGUUGAUAUUCAUUUAUAAGAGAUGGGUUCCAACCAUUUUCACCAUUAGAGGUGAUGGAUCUGGAUGGUUCAUCCUGAGAAGUAUUAACAAUUGUGGAAAUGACUGUUGUUUGAGGACUAAAAGUGCAAAAUACUCGAUUGCUCUUCAGUUCCUGAGUUUGGAGGAAGUUUCUGAAGACAUUACAGAAUAAUGGAUUUCCUUGCAGCUUGAGUACUUCAUCAUUUCACAAGGGAAAGUCAGCAGAAAAGAAAAGAAAACAAAACAACUGAAAGUUAACCCUGGGCUCAACCCUUGUUUACAAAUCCUGGUUCCCGUUAAGAUUUUAUAGUAAACCCCUUUUUGAUACUCUGGAUCACAGAAUUCACCACCCCAGAUCAUCACAAGCCUCCGCUGGAAAGACUCUGCAACAAUCGUUAAAUCUCAAGAAUAAUGUAUCAUAUUGCCUAUAGAUGUUUAAAGUAGUGUUGCUUCACAAGAAAUGAGUUGGUGCAAAUGGGUUGUUUUGUUGAGAUCUUACAUCUUGGGACAGUCAUACUGUCGAUACUCUCUAUCGACAGGCUCCGAAACACUGCGCCCCCUUCUUGGCCUCUGGUUUUAGCUUUACUUCCGGAUACAUUUCAACAUCACAAGUUUCCCCUCCAAUAGUGUCACAAGCCUCAGCUGGAAAAGCUCUGUAGAAACAGACACAGAAGAGCAGCAAACGAAAAGGGGUAUUGAAUCAGACAUAUUGUAGUCAACUGUUGAAGGGUCUUGUCCAACCGCACUUGCCUUUAUUUGUAGGGUGGGACGUUGACGUUGAGUUUGAGAGGUGGGGUGCCUUCGUAGGGACCUCAUAGGCAUUGAGAAGGCCUUUGAUUUGGUGGUUGGUGGGAAGAGAGAGCAUGAUGAUGGAGAUGCUAAGGAAAGUGGUGAAGAAUGGAUCAAUCUGCUGCGAAGUUGAUGCUUGGAUACUUCUUGAGAGUAGGAUUCAGACUUAAAAAAGGUUAAACAGAUAAAAGAUGGCAGAUAUCUCGCGACUGGAUAAGGUUUUGGACCAAUUAUUUAGAGGAAAAAAGAACAAACUAGUGGUUGUGAAGGCUUGAAUGGAUGUAUUAUUCUUAGAAUAUUAGUAUUGUCCCUUUAUCUAUCAUUUUCUUUUUCAUUUUUCUCAUAUCAAGAACAUUCUUGAA